UUCUACUCAGCUUUGAGGAAAAGACUGAUAUCCUUAAAUACACGUAUGAAUUUGUGUUCCUGUUGACUAUCAUGUAAAUGGUUGUAAAAUUGACAGAGCAAAUCCAAAAGCACUAAAGCAAAGUUCCUUACAGCAGCUGCUUUCACGGCUACUUCCACACCUGAAAUCUGCGAAAACACUGGAUAGGGGUCGUCCUUGAGACAGAUGGUGAUAAUUAUUUUCCAUGUGUAGUCACUUUACAGUUUUCAGAGAGACUGCCCUUGCACAAGAGUCUUUCUAUUUAUCCGUUGGUACCAGCGGCUGUAAUACUUCCUUGCAGGAGUUUCAGGGAUUCAGACUCAAAGGAAGGACUGCUGUCUGUUGAGCUCUGCAGGCUAUAUUCAAUAGAUGUGUCCAGAUAUUUGAUCAACAUCAGGUCAGAAUGCGUGGAGUUUAUGCCAUUUUCCUCUUUUUACUCUUAAUCAACUGCAUCAGGGGUGAGUUAUGUUUCUGAAUUACUUUAUUUAUGUCCAUUGUUAAGUUAUUUCUUGUUCAUAUUCUGACUGUUUGUGUUGUUGAGUGUUUUAUCCUUUUUGGUUGUUUUUGGAAAGAUUGCUGCUGUCUUUCUGGAGCUUUUUGUGGACAUUAUUAAAACUGAAACAAAGAAUUUAAGCGUUGUAAAAUCCUUUCAAAGUUUAACAAAAUGCAAAGUUGGUUUUAGAUGUUCUUAAUUGUUAAGAGUGAAUAGAAAUUCAUUACAUCAUUAACUAAGAUGUUCACAAAUGAAAUUCAAUAGAAAAUAUUCAUUCCUCAUCUGAUCUUCUGAAUGAUGUCUUCCAUGUUAGCUAAGAAGAUGCGGUGGUGCACAGUGUCAGAUCCUGAGCAGAGGAAGUGUGCAGAGCUGGCUAAAGCUCUGGUGGCCGUGCUGCCGCCGGCCGCUGUGGCAGCUUUCGCCAGACUCUCCUGCAUCCGAGCGUCCAGCACGACCGACUGCAUCGAUCGGAUCAGGGCGAACCGUGCUGAUAUCGUGACGUUGGAUGCAGGAGAAGUGUAUUCUGCUGUGAAGCAGUUUGGCCUUAGAGCCAUCGCCAAGGAGAUAUACAGCGACGGAGGCUGUGUUCUAUCUGUAGCUGUGGUGAGGAACAUCAGUCUGGACGUCCGGUCCCUGAAGGGCCUCAGGAGCUGCCACAGCGGGGUCCGGUGGACGGCCGGCUGGAGUCUCCCCCUCGGCUUCCUGCUCUCCAGAAACUACCUGAGCUGGUCCAAGGAGCAGCCGCUCAGUCAGGACGUCAGUACUUUUUUUAGUGCCAGCUGUGUUCCCGGAGCUGCUGCCAUUGCCCCUCCUCUGUGCGCUCUGUGCCAAGGCCAGAAGUCAUAUAUUCGCCAGAAGAAUUACCACUGCGAAACAUCCCAUAAUGAGCCCUUCUACAACAACCAGGGGGCCCUCAGAUGUCUCAGGAGGGGGGCCGGGGAUGUUGCAUUUGUGGAUCAUUUAGCUCUUGAAAGUAUUGAAGACAGUGAUAGAGAUGAGUUCAGGCUGCUGUGUGCAGACGGCUCACAGGCUCCUCUCAGCCACUACAGGAUCUGUAACCUGGGCCGGGGUCCAGGAGGCGGCAUGGUCACCAGAUUAAACUUGCGCAAGACUGCUCGCAAAUUCCUAUCGACGGUGCAGAUGCUGUUUGGUAAACGAGGAAAAGAGAGGCAGCGUUUCCAACUCUUCAACUCCUCUUCUUUUGGAGAAAACGACCUUCUCUUCAAAGAUGCGACGGAUAAACUGGCCGUUCUGCAAGACGACAUGGACGUCAGCCAGCUGCUGGGGCUGGAUUAUGUGGCGCUGCUCAAAGGUCUUGGACAUGAAGGAAGCUCCCUGGAGGACAGUGUCGUGCGAUGGUGCUGUAUUAGCCAUGCAGAGCAGAAGAAAUGUGAGCAGUGGGCUCUCAAUAUAAAGUCGGACCCUCUGGUGUGUGUCAGAGCGGUGUCAAUGCGUGACUGUAUCGAGAAAAUCAAGAGGGACGAGGUGGACGGCGUCUCGCUGGAUGCUACUCACUCUUUCAUCGCAGGAAAAUGUGGUCUUGUUCCGGUAGUUACAGAAUAUUAUGGAGAAAGGUGUGUGCCUGCUGAGGGAUCGACCCACUUGGAGACGGACGUGUUGCCCUCAGUGGUUGCCGUGGCCGUGGCGAGGCGCUCGAGCAAAAGUGUUUUCAUGGGGAACCUGGGGGGCCGGCGCUCCUGUCACGGACACAUGUACAGCCCGGCCGGCUGGCUGCUGCCCUACAGACACCCGCUGAGCCUGGAGCACAACAGCAGCGCCCCCUGUGGCCCCGACCAAGUGUACAACGACGUGUUUUGGAAAGGCUGCCUCCCGGGCUCUCAGGGGAAUCUGUGUAAAGUGUGUCUGGGAGGCACGGGGGAGGCCGCCACCAAACGCUGCGCUGACAACCACAAUGAGCGUUACUAUGGCAACACUGGGGCAUUAAGGUGUCUGGUUGGAGAUCCCAGUGGGAAAAGCUAUGGUGACGUGGCCUUCCUCGAGCAACACACCCUUCUUGACAACAUCCUCAGUUUGAACUCCAGCGGUUGGGCAGAGGGCUGGACGCUGUCAGACUACGAGCUGCUGUGUGGGGACGGUCGUCGGGCCCCGCUGGCAGAGUGGGAGAGCUGCAACCUGGGAGUCAUCCCCCCGAACAGCGUCAUGACGCGGCCGGUGCUCACAGCACGAGUGUACGACUUCCUCAUGAAGUCACAGGAAACUUUAUCCGCCAACCCAAACGCAGAGUUCAAGCUCUUUCAGUCUCAGGAAUAUGGAGAGAGUGAUCUGCUUUUCAAAGACGCUACUCAGUGUUUCGUCCACACGGGCCACAUGGACCCCCGCUCCAUCCUAGGAGAGGAGUUUUACAGUCAGGCGGAAGCGGCUUUCAACUGCACACACUCUGAUAUCUUGGAGUUUUGUAAUCGGGACGUGUGCAGCAUAUUCUAAAGGACACAUUUCUCUCUGCUGCUCAGUGGAUCAAUACUUCAUCCAGAAUCUCAACUACAAACCAUCCCUGGUUGACAGCCGACAUGAAUUUCAAAACACUGUUGCCUGACUGAACCGAUGAAUUUGAGCGUUUAGAUGCCAAUUCAACAUCAAAUGUUGUGAAUCAUCUGUGUCUUUCAAAAACACAAAACACUUUUAAGGCCUGAAAAUAAUUAAAAUCAAAAUAUGGUUUAAGUAGGAUAUACAGAAAAGUAGAGAACACAAAUAUAGAAUCGAAAUGUACCUUACCAAAAUGUGAAAAAUAUAUUAUAAACAUACAGGUUGUGUACUCUGUUACUGUUGUAACACGUGGUUCCCACACAUCUAAUCAUUAACACAGCAUCUUGCAAUCAUAAAGGCUCAAACAACAAAGUUAAGAUAAUACGAUAGAACAGUGUGUGUAGAAUAUAAAAACAGCUGAAACAUCUAAGACUACUGCAAUAUAUAUAUAUAGAAAUGUAUACAUCAUUUUGCACAAAUUAGUUAACACAAUCUAUGUUUUGUACUAACAUGUAAUGCGGUGUAUGUAAUGUAGUUAAGGUGGUGCAAGGUUAUUCAGUCAUCUUUGUGCCACAGUAUGUCAACAACAAAAAAAACAUAAAUAAAUGAAUCUACUUUUA